CCUCAACCGACCUAUUCUCCACCCCCGCAACCGCGUAAAGCACAGAUUCCAUUACCUCCUGAGCCCACGCUUUCGCCCACAACUCCAGCCUAUGAUAAUUCAUUUGUAGGUUUAACUGGUGGCCAAAUUUUCCAUGAGAUGAUGUUGCGUCAUGGAGUAAAACAAGUAUUCGGAUAUCCUGGAGGUGCAAUUCUUCCAGUGUUUGAUGCUAUUUAUAAUUCAAAACACUUUAAUUUUGUUUUGCCAAGACACGAACAAGGCGCUGGCCACAUGGCGGAAGGAUACGCGAGAGCCAGUGGUAAGCCUGGUAUUGUACUUGUUACUUCUGGGCCUGGUGCAACAAAUGCCAUAACGCCCAUGCAAGACGCUCUAUCAGACGGUACACCUCUAAUUGUAUUUUGUGGUCAAGUACCUACUACUGCUAUUGGAACUGACGCGUUUCAGGAAGCUGAUGUUGUUGGUAUCAGUCGUGCAUGUACAAAGUGGAAUGUAAUGGUAAAAGAUGUUGCGGAUCUACCGCGUCGUAUCACAGAGGCUUUCGAAAUCGCCACCACCGGUCGUCCAGGUCCGGUACUUGUGGAUCUUCCCAAGGAUAUGACUGCUUCUAUACUUAAAAAACCUAUUCCAACUCAAUAUACGCUUCCGUUUCGAGCAUUCAGUGAUGCUCCUGCCUUGGCCUCUUCCGUAACAAAUCAUCAUGUUAUUCGUCGGGCUGCUGAAUUAAUCAACAAUUCCAAACGACCUGUUAUAUAUGCGGGUCAAGGUGUUCUUGCAACAUCAGAAGGACCAGCUCGUAUGAGGGAAUUGGCUAGUCGUGGUAAUAUUCCAGUGACGACUACUUUGCAGGGCCUUGGUGGGUUUGAUGAAUUGGAUCCCCUUAGCUUACAUAUGUUAGGUAUGCAUGGUUCAGCCUAUGCUAAUUUGGCAAUGCAAAAUGCGGACGUUAUUAUUGGUCUGGGUUCAAGAUUCGAUGAUCGUGUAACUGGUCACUUGGCUCCAGCUAAGCAAGCAGCAAAGGAGGGUAGAGGUGGUAUCAUUCAUUUUGAAAUAAGCCCUAAAAAUAUUAAUAAGGUUGUUCAAGCUACUGCUGCAAUUGAGGGUGAUGUAUCAGACAAUCUUGGCAGAAUUUUACCAUUAAUUCAAAAGGCAGAACGAAAAGAAUGGCUUGAACUCAUUGAUGAAUGGAAAAAGAAGUAUCCUUGGAUGUAUGCCAAGCCAAAAUCGUCAAACGCGCCUUUGAAACCGCAGCAAUUUAUUGAAGAGUUGGAUCGACAGACACGAGAUUAUAAGGAAAAGGUUCUUAUGACCACAGGCGUUGGACAACAUCAAAUGUGGGCAGCUCAAUUUUUUAGAUGGAGAUAUCCAAGAACCAUGAUUACAUCAGGUGGCUUAGGAACUAUGGGUUAUGGUCUCCCUGCGGCUAUUGGAGCCAAGGUUGCUUGUCCUGAUAAGAUUGUUAUAGACAUUGAUGGUGAUGCAAGUUUUUGCAUGACCGGAAUGGAAUUGGCAACCGCAGUUCAAUACAAGAUUGGAGUUAAAGUGUUGAUUCUUAAUAAUGAUUUUCAAGGAAUGGUCAAACAAUGGCAAGACUUAUUUUACGAAGAGAGAUACAGUCAAACUGAGAUGGUAAAUCCAGAUUUUGUGAAAUUAGCAGAGUCAAUGGGUGCUAAAGCUCUUAGAAUUCGUACCGAGGAAGAAUUACCAGAUAAAAUGGCUGAGUUUUUAGAAUAUAAUGAUGGACCCAUUGUAUGUGACGCAAUAAUAGAGAAACACGAACAUGUUUAUCCUAUGGUACCAGCUGGAAAAGGAUUGGGUGAUUUCAUUGUUCAUCCAGAUUUAAGGGAUUAA